UGAGGGGAGGAGCGAGCCGGAGCACUACUCAAGGAAAGAAGACCGACUCAUGCUGGGAGCUGAAGUUAAAUCCGAAACCGACGCAGUUUACGUGUUCCAGCGCUUUGCGAGGACGGGCCGGCUUCAACUCUGAGCAGAAAUGAAUCUCAAGUAAUCUUGAAUCUACCCGAGGAAAGAUCAGUCAUCCCUGCGCUCAAGUCAGACAGGGACCAAAAGCUGGCAGUGGUUGCUUCCCUGAAGAGGACAGUAACUAACCUGUACAGGUAUCAGCGGUUGGUGCUAAGGAUGCUUUUGUCCCGACAUCAGACCUGGAGGUAACCCCACGUUGUCUGUGCCGUUGCCCCCCGUGCACCCCGGAGUGGAGAUGGUCCACUGGACCACACAGUGGGGGACAUAUGUCUGGUUCCAGACUCUGCUGGCCUUUGCCUUGGCCAACUGUUCCUCUCUUACCCCCAGCCCUGUCAACUUCUCUGUGGUUUACACCAUGCCCUUCUUCCAGGCCCGGGGCCCCAUCCAGAACAUAGUCAACAACUCGUUUUACCAGGAGGUGUAUGUUGCCUCUCAGAAUGUGAUCGAAGCUGUCAACAGAAGCUUGGAGAAGGUGUGGGAGCUCCACACUGGGCCGGUGGGAAGUCCAGAGUGUCAGAUAUGUGACUUGUGCGAUGUUGACAAGGAUCCCAACUUCUUGGAGGACACAAACAAUCAGGUCCUGCUGUUGGAUACUCUCUUUAUGUAUUUAUACUCUUGUGGAAGUUCUCAGUAUGGUGUAUGCUAUUUCCAUCAACUUAACUCAAAUGGAGAGUCGCCUUCUCUUUCUAAGUGUUUGUUCAGAAAGGAUUCGAACUCUGCUGCCUACUGUCCUGACUGCGUGGCCAGCCCACUUGGUACCAAAGUCACCAUGGUUGAAGAGGGUCAGACAGUCUACUUCUUUGUUGCUGCCACUGUCAAUGACAGUGUGACCCAGCGUUACGGAAGGAAGUCUAUAUCUGUGCGUCGACCACUGGCCACAGAAGAUGGUUUCUACAGUGAUGUGCGUGGUCUGACUGUCCUUCCGGGUUUGCGGAGGACAUACCAUAUUGAAUAUGUCUACAGCUUUUUCACUCAGGAGUUUGUGUACUUCCUCUCAGUUCAGAGAGAGUGCCCCGAUCAAGACUCAUCUCCGUUUCAGACUCGCUUGGGCCGUCUCCCACGGAAUGAAUGGGAGAUGAAGAGGUAUCGUGAGGUGAUCCUGGAGUGUCGGUUUGAACCAAAACGCAGGAGGAGGAAUGUAGCCAGUGAACCCUACAAGGAUGUGGUGUACAACGUGGUCCAGGCAGCCCAUUUUGGCAAGGCAGGCAGGGAGCUGGCAGAGGAGUUGGGGGCUGAGGAGGAGGAUGACAUCCUCUAUGGGGUUUUUGCGGUUACUGAUGACAACAGGGUCACGGAGCAGGACUCGGCCCUGUGCGCCUUCCCAAUGGACAACGUGAACAAAGCAAUCGUAGAUGGGGUGGAUGACUGCUGCGAGUCUGGACCAGAGCAGCUGUCCAGAGGGCUCUGCCAUUUCCAGCCCUGUGAGAGCUGUCCACAUGAGAGCAUGGAGAACAACGCCACAUGCAGAGACCAUCCUACUAUGGUGUCAAAGCCCUACUAUAGAGUGGACCUCUUUAACAGGCAGAUGACAAAUGUCCUGCUCACAUCUUUGCUGGUCACAACCAUAGAGAACAAGACCGUAGCCCAUAUUGGCACCUCUACUGGACGCCUGCUGCAGCUUGUAUUGACAAGAUCCAGCCCUAUUAUCUUCGCCAAUUACUCUUUGGUAGAGAACCAGAGGGUCUCGUCCAUCGCCGCUGUUUACUCAUCAGAGUAUCUUCUCUUUGUGGUUGGAGACAAGAUGAUCCAGGUACCCCAGAGAGGGCCGGGCUGUCAACACUUCCUGACUUGUGCUAUGUGUUUGACAGCCCCCAAGUUCAUGGGCUGUGGCUGGUGCGCUGGAGUGUGCUCCUGGGAGAGCGAGUGUCACAGUAGCUGGAGGAAUGAGUCCUGCCCACCAGGGAUCACUGGGUUCUUUCCACGGACUGCUCCUCCUGAUGGUCAAACAGAGGUAACGGUGUGUGGAUGGGAGUUCCAGUCCCCCUUAAGACCUGCCAUCACCUCCAGAACCCACCAGGUCCGACUGGGACAGACUGCCUGCACUGUGCUUCCAGUCAAAAGCAACAAUACACACCUAGUGUGUAAGAUUCGCUCUGGGGCCACUGAGCUGUCCAAACCAGUCAACAUUACAGUGGAAGUGCAUGAGGGCAAGGUGGAUGGACGCUACUCUAUUGACGGGAAGGCAGAAAUGCCAGGAUUCAUAUUUGUGAUUCCCAACAUCACAGAAAUCCAGCCCAACUAUGGGCCUCGCGUUGGGGGCACAUUCAUCACAGUGACUGGACCUCACUUGGAUGCUGGGAAGACCAGGAAAGUCACUCUCAAUGAUGUGCCCUGUCCAAUAAAGAGAGUCACAAAGCCUAAAGGCAAUGUGUCCUCCAUCAUCUGUCUGUCUCAGCACAUGUCAGAGGUGAGGGACGUCCCUCUGAGUGUUUUCAUUGACAAGUCUCCUGUCCUCACCACAAAGGUGUUUUACUACAAAGAAAACCCGCAGAUUACAGCCGUCCUACCUGGCUGUAGCUUUGACAGGGGGUCAAAGAUUGUGAUUGAGGGGAAGAACCUGGAUUCUGUUUACCGCACCAUCAUCCGCUUUAAACCCAAUGAGAGCCACUUGAAACCUGUGACAAGGGAGUGCAUAGGCAAGUCCUUGCCCACAAGGAUGGAGUGUAUCUCCCCUGUGUUCCCCAGGGAUGAGACCGAGGAAGGAGAGCUUUCUUUUGACAUGGACGGAGCGUUGGGACUUUGGAACAAAGAGUUCUCCUACCACCCCUACGGCGAGCCCAUACCUUUUGAAACAGAUGGACACGUGCUGAGUUUGUACCCUGGGUUUGACGAAGUGUCACUACAUCAUCAAAAGCUGAAUCUGGUGAGCUCUUGUAUGACCAUCAUUAUGACGGUGGCAGGUGUUAAUUGUGAUGCUAAAGUCCUGGAUAAUGAGAUCACCUGCAGGAUCCCCAAAAACAUGACCAUCCCAAGUGAAGGACUGCCAGUGAAGAUCUCCAUCAACGGGCAGGUCCACAAUGUUGGCACGGUGGUGAGGGUCAGCAACCACUACAUGGUGGGCAUUGUUCUGGGGAUCCUGGCGGCUCUGGUGGCAGGGGCGGUGCUGGCAUUCGUUGUCAUGAAACACUUAAGGAAGAAGAAGAAAGCCUCCAUGGUAGAAACCCGUUUGGCCCACAGUGCUCACCGCUCUGGUACAAAUAAUGUGGAGCUGUCGCCUGUUGGGGACUACAGGAGAGUAGUAUCCCUGAGUCCUCCUACACUGCUGGUGGGGCCGGUGGUGUUCCCCAGCCUGGCCUAUGCUGCAGGCAGCAUAGAUUCUACGCUCACUCCCCUCAUGCCUCCAGAGAAGAUCUCCAUCUCCAGUUUUAGGCCAGAGCUGCUGGAGGAGGUGAAGGAUGUUCUUAUUCCUGCUGAGAUGCUUAUUGUGCAGCACCACCGGAUCAUAGGGAAGGGUCAUUUUGGCACUGUCUAUCAUGGCUACUUCACAGACCACAACAACAGAGAAAUCCACUGUGCUGUCAAGUCUUUGAAUAGAAUAACAGAUGUCGAGGAGGUGGAGCAGUUUCUGAAGGAAGGUAUCUUAAUGAAGGGUUUCCACCACAGUAAUGUGCUAUCUCUGCUGGGCAUCCUCCUGCCGCAGGAAGGGCUCCCUCUAGUGGUGCUGCCGUAUAUGAAGCAUGGGGACCUGCGGCACUUCAUACGCUGCGAGAAGAGGAACCCCACCGUAAAGGAUCUGAUUGGCUUCGGGCUGCAGGUUGCCAAGGGGAUGGAGUAUUUGGCUCAGAAGAAGUUUGUGCACAGAGAUCUCGCAGCACGCAACUGCAUGCUGGACGAGUCGUAUACAGUCAAAGUGGCAGACUUUGGCAUGGCCAGAGAUGUUUUUGAUAAGGAGUAUUACAGUGUUCAGGAUCACAGGAAGGCUAAGCUGCCUGUCAAAUGGAUGGCCAUCGAGAGUCUGCAGACACAGAAAUUCACCUCCAAGUCCGAUGUGUGGUCCUUUGGUGUGCUGAUGUGGGAGAUGCUGACCAGAGGAGCGAGCCCCUACCCAGAGGUUGACCCUUAUGACAUAACACAUUACUUACUGAAGGGCAGGAGGCUUCCCCAGCCUCAGUACUGCCCUGACCCUUUGUAUAGCAUUAUGCUUCAGUGCUGGGACCCUGAUCCAGAGUUGAGGCCUAGCUUUGCUACGUUGGUGUUGGCUGUCUCCACCAUCCUGUCUGGCCUGGAGGGAGAACACUACAUCAGUCUGAAUGUUACCUAUGUCAACCUGGACCAGCCUCGGCCCUACCCUGCCCUCACAGAGUCUGCUGAUGAAUACGACUCCACAGAUAUUGACUCAGGCUCGGUCUCUUCCUGAUCCUCUCCUCUUCCUCUCUCGACCUAGACUGGUAUCGGUGCUAACAGCAAGAGCAAAAAAAAAAAAAAAAACAACCUCUGCCAGGUCACAACAUGUCUCUUACCAUCUGAAACAGAGAUUCAGCCUACUGUUUGUGUGCAUGAAAGUGGUAGUGAGAUGUUUUCAGCUGACAUAGCAGACCCUUGGGCAUCCAUUUUGGAGGUCUGUCACUUUUGCAACAAUAGCUGAGUAAAGUGUGAGCUUCCAAACUUGGUCCUCUUAAAAGUAAUAGACAUUUAGUUUCUGUGUUAUUUUUCACUGUUAACAGAUGUCACUGAUGAUACAUCUAAUCAGUUUUGUAGUAGUAUUAGCUUGUUGUUAGCCAACAAAACAAGCCUUCUUGUUAACACUUGCUACGUAUCCAUUAGAAGCUAAUUGGCAUUACGCUGAUUUGCUAAAUCAGCCUGCAGGUUAGCUAGCUAGCCAACAAUGGUAAAAACAGAGUUUGUUCAGAUUAACUGAAGUAAGGGUUUUCUAACACCAAAGUAUUGUGCAAAGAAAGGCACAGGCUAGGGCUAAUAGGUAACCAAAUGAGGAGUCUUUUUCAGAUAUCUGUUUUUUUUCUUGCCCAGCUGGUAUUAAUGUAGACAUGAUCAAUGCCAUAAAAAGUUGAAGAUACACCAUGCACCGUGCAGUGCUUCUUUCCUGGGUGCCAGCUGGUGCAGAGAAAACCACAGUAAACCAAAAAAUAACACAGAGAUGAAGCAACAUGCGUAGCUCGCUCCUUUUUGUUAAUGUGAUCUGUUUAUAAAAUAGUGUCCAUCCUAGUAUCCUGGUGUGGAACGAUAAAUGCCAUGUCAGUUCGUCCAGGUCUGUGUCUAGCAGUGUUGGCUACAGUAUUGAGGAAAGGAGUCACAAAAAGCAGAGCUACAGUGCAAACAAGUAAAAUCCAUGUAAUUCAGAAGCACAGUAGCUUUCUUUUACUACCUACAACAGUGUACUGUUACAGCAGCAGAGCCCAUGUGUAUAUACGUUUAGGUAUGACAAUCUCACAUUUGCGUUUAAUUCUUUUGCAGUGUAGUGAUUGUUCUGUGUAUUUUGGAUCAUACCUUUGUAAGGCACAAUGUUGACAACAAUGUUCUGAAAGCAAUCGGACAUCACCCUGUUGCUUGUUUUUCUGACACAAUGUCUUUGAGAUAGUGUAAUAAAUUAAAAUAUUUAUUUGUUUAUA